ACUGGUUGCUUGGCGUGUUUUUCUUUUUUGCGUGAAAGGAAAGCAAAUAAUCAAAACAACGGGGGCAAUUUAUAGAGUAAUACGUAGUUUCAGAUACUUUCAUCAGUCGAGGUCAAGGAUUAUCCAAGUCAUGAGUGACAGUGACAAAAAGGAGAAACAACCGACUACGGACUCGAAUUCUUCAUCCAGCGACGAAGAAGAGGGUAAAGACGCCACUAUGGAUAUGAUUCGUCGCUUCUUUGCACACACUUUAAAUCUGGGUGGCUCCACGGACGCAAAGGCAGAACUCAAAGUGGAGAAGGUUAUUUCAGACUUGUCUUUCGAGGGCUUUGCCGACCAUUGGCGUGAACAUGGCUUUCGGAAGAUUGUGACUAUGGUGGGAGCCGGCAUUUCUACUUCUGCUGGCAUUCCGGACUUUAGGUCGCCGGGUUCUGGUCUAUAUAGCAACCUAAAGAAGUACAAGCUGCCACAUCCCACGGCCAUCUUCGAUCUUGAUUAUUUUGAAAGGAAUCCCGCCCCAUUUUUUGCUCUGGCAAAGGAGCUGUAUCCGGGUUCCUUCAUUCCCACACCGGCGCACUACUUUGUCCGUUUGCUGAAUGAUAAGGGCCUAUUGCAACGACACUACACCCAGAACAUAGAUACUCUGGACAGACUGACGGGUCUGCCCGAAGAGAAGAUCAUUGAGGCCCACGGCAGCUUUCAUACCAAUCAUUGUAUAAAAUGCCGGAAGGAGUACGACAUGGCCUGGAUGAAGGAAGAGAUUUUCGCCGAUCGUUUACCUAAAUGUAAUCAUUGCAAGGGCGUUGUCAAACCAGACAUUGUUUUUUUUGGAGAGAACUUGCCUCAAAGAUUUUACUCCAGUCCCGAUGAAGAUUUCCAGGAUUGUGAUCUGUUGAUUAUUAUGGGUACCUCUCUGGAAGUGCAGCCAUUUGCUUCUCUGGUUCAAAGACCAGGACCUCGUUGCCUGCGCCUGCUGAUCAAUCGCGAUGCAGUGGGUCAGGCCAGUUUUGUUCCUUGGAUGGAUCCCCAUGAGCGAUCGCUGCUCUUCGACAGGCCCAAUAACACGAGGGAUGUGGCCUAUUUGGGUGACUGCGAUGCUGGAGUUCUGGCUCUGGCCAAAGCUCUAGGCUGGGAAGAUGAACUACAAGAGCUGAUUUCCAGUGAAAAGAAGAAACUGAACGCUAGCCAGAAUAGCGAAGAGGUGCAGCAGGACAAAGAUAAACCGCAUUCAGACCCAUAUGGCAAGGACUCCGGGAGUCAGGCCAAGAAGGAUGCUUCGCUUUAGACCAUGAGAUUAGUUAGUACGAUUCGUAGUUAAUUUGUAGUUGAAUGAUGUGCAAUUUGUUUACAUGGAUUACGUGUAUAAAAUGGACAAUGCCAGUUGCAGGCAUUUGCUGGCUAA